AACGCGCGCACGCGCAGCUCUCGCGCGAACUUUAUGCGAACAGUGAAUUGUGGACAGUAUUUUAUUAAUGUUUAUGUGAAAUAAAAUAUAUUUCGUGCCAUGAAGUGGUUAGUGCUGCUGUCGCUGAUAGCGGCGCGCAUGGUGCAGCAGCCGACGCAGCCAGUGCGCACGCGCAGCGGCCUCGUGCGGGGCACCGUCAGUCGGAACGGCAAGUUCUUCCAGUACUUCGGCAUCCCGUACGCCACCGUCGACGACAGUAAUCGGUUUCAGGCGCCGCUGCCGCCUCCAACGUGGACGGGGAUCUUCGACGCUGUCGACGAGAAUACCUGGUGCCCGCAGUACUCAGCAGGCAUCAUCAUCGGCAAACCGAACUGCUUGAAGCUCAACGUUUACACACCCACUCGGAUCACUAAGCCUCUGCCCGUCAUGGUCUUCAUCCACGGAGGGUGCUUCUUCAGUGGCACUGGAUCCCCGUUCCUUUAUGGAGGAGACUUCUUGGCUGAAAACGAUGUUAUCUUUGUGGGCAUUAAUUACAGGCUGGCUGUAGAAGGGUUCCUUUGCUUGGGUAUUAAAGAAGCACCAGGAAAUGCAGGACUGAAGGACCAAAUUGCGGCUCUAAAAUGGAUUCAGCAGAACAUAGAGGCAUUUGGUGGCAACCCUAACGACGUGACUAUAUUUGGAGAAAGUGCCGGUGCUGUGUCUACGUCAUUCAUGAUGUUAUCUGCCGGAGCUAGGGGACUAUUUCAUAAAGCUAUACUACAAAGUGGCUCUUCAUUGGCCCCGUGGGCUCUUCAGCACGACCCCAUCGGGGCAGCCAGCGCUCUAGUCAAAAAAUUAGGUUAUGACACCAAAGAUCCAAAAGAAAUUCAUAAAAUAUUAUCUAAUAAGUCAGCCAAAGAAAUUCUGGAAACUAUUAGUCAGUUUGAAGAUAAAUACUGCGUCGCUGAGAAAGAUUUAUUUGUUCCGUGCGUUGAGAAGCCUAUUGAGGGAGUGGACCCUGUGGUAACAGAGUACCCAGCCGAUAUCUUGAGCUCGGGCAACUACACUAAGGUGCCAAUGAUAAUAGGCUACACAGAUAUGGAAGGAAUAUAUUUCGUAGCAGCAGACUACGGCACUAGCAUCAAAAACAAUUCUGAACCGAUAGAAAUCUUUAAUACACUGCAGCCAGACAUGGAGUUCCCGAGCGAGCUGGAGAAGAAUUGCACUGGGGAGGUGAUAAAGCGGCAUUACUUCUCCUCGUACGAGGCGAACCUGAUCACCAACAUGGUGGACCUGUACUCGGACGUGCACUUCAAAUUCCCGCUGGUGCUGGAGUCGGAGAUGUACACCCGGACGUCGGACCAGCCUAUAUACUACUACUUGUUCCGGUACGACGGCCUGAGGAACAUGCCUAAGAUAAUAUCGGGCUUCCACAACGUGGUGCAGGGUGCGUCGCACGCCGACGAGCUGUUCUACCUGUUCAAGCCGCACGCCUUCCCUCUGCUGCACUCCGUCGAGAAGCACAUGAUCGCCAGGAUGGUCACCAUGUGGACUAACUUCGCCAAGUAUACUGACCCCACCCCGCACCCCACUCCGUUGACCCCGUUCCGCUGGCAACCGUCGCGGCGACACAACCCGACGGCGCUGAUCAUUGACAGCAAGCUGUCCACGGCGCCACUGUGGGAGCACUCCUCCGUCCGACUCUGGAACGACACGUACAACAAGUACCGAAGGAAAAACUACGGACUGAAGCAAUACCAGCAGUAUACUAGCAUACUCUCUAUGGAUCAGCUUACGUUAUAACAUUUAUUUGAUGUACAAUUCUUAUUUAUGACAUUGUAAAACAUGUUUAAGAGAUGUCUCUGUACGUCGGUAAACUAAGACAAUUACAAGGAAAUUGACGUUUGGCUAACGCGCCUGCCGCGCGGACCUCCAAGUAUGAAUACAGCUACGCGUCUGAACCUCGUUCCGAUAUGAAAGGCGCUUUGAUCUCUCUCUAAGUCCUUACUUCAUAUAUUUCAUUACCAGACCGGUCUGAAUUAAGUUAUUAAUUACUUUUUGUGUAUAAUAAAUAUACUGGUGAUUGUAAAUACCGGUAUUUGUAUUGUAGUAGAUAGAAUAAGUUUAUUUAAUUUAUUUUGCUGCACAUUGGGAAGGCAACCAUUGGCCACCUGUAUAUAAUUUAUAAUUAUUGUUUGUUAAGAAAUCAAGAUAUCCUUAAAGUCAAAGUCAAAAUCAUUUAUUUCAAUUAGACUACAGUAGGCACUUUUGAACGUCAAGCAAAAAAAGUAAAAAAGUAUUUGAAGAGCUUUAACUUUAAGCGUGUCAGUCUGUCCGUCUGUCCUCUAGUGAAGCUAUUUGCUCGUUCCAAAGAGUAGAUUCCUAUGGAGAAGAACGAGCAACAAACUCCAUGGUUACUCUUAUUCAAUCAGUUUUACAAUACAUUUCUUUGUUACAUCAUUUAGUCGGUUCUGAUAUGUGAGAACAGUGUAACACUAACUUAACUUCACAGUUUAUAAAUUCACAGACGAA